AUGGUGCAAUGGGUCGUGACAGAAGAGCAGUGUACGUUUGAACUCUUGAAGGGGUACCUUACUUCCCCAACAUCUCCCAAACCCCAAGUCCAAACGCUCCUCGACCUCCCAAUCAAGAUCAAGGUCAAACACAUCCUCACAAUCACCCUCCCUCGCAUCACCUCAUCACCCGCGUUCAGCCUCAGCAAGGCUCAGAUUGUUAGUCCAAGCACCGUCGAGCAGGGCCAGUCGAGGCUGGUGGACGGAUCAGUGCACCUGGUGUUCCCAAUGACAGGAAGGGUGGAUUGUCAGUUGCGUUGUUGAGCUUGGUCAGAGGCAGACGCGGAGGGAAUUUGAUGUUCAUCCAUUCGAGUUCGAGUGAGUG